AUGUCAUUAAUAACAUCAGGUACAUUAAAUACAUUAGUAAAGAUACUUGCAAGUGGAGCAGCAGGAGCAGUUAUCUAUUGGGUGAUUAAAAAGACAUCGAUAGAAGACGACCAAAUCCAACAGAUACUUGAAUACGAAAGAAGACAAUACCAACUACAGUUACAACAACAACAAUUUCAACAACAACAAUCUACAUCAUCUUCAUCACUACAAUCAUCGUCUGGAGGAAUCAAUCAUAAGCGAUCGAGAUCAUUGUCCAAUUCGACCGAUGCAUCGAUCAGUCUAGUCGAUCUAUUACAAAAUACACUCAUUGAAUACAUCUUGGGUGACGAUACACACAAUGUAAUAACUAUUGACAGUUUGUCUACACUCGACUAUGCAUUGAUGCGUAUGAAUGAAAAUAAUGUAACUUCACUACCCGUCGUCGAUCUUCAACACAAACAAUACAUUGGCAUGUUAUCAAUUGUCGAUGUCUGUAGUUUUCUUGGUAGUCAACCAACCAAUGAAUUUGCUCCAAAUACUUCUGUUGCUGAAGUUUUAAAAUAUAAUAGAGAACCAUUUGUACCAUUAUUUGUAAAUUCACCAAUUCAAUUAUUAAUUCAUAUCAUGACACAACGAGUAUCACAAGUUGCUAUCAUGUCAAAUGAAACAGUUGUAGUAGAUAUUGUAUCAAGAUUAAAUGUCAUUAAAUUCAUCUAUGACAAUAUUGAAGCACUUGGAAACAAGUCAAGUGCAUCACUCUCUUCAUUGUCACUGCUUUCCAAAUCGAUCACUACCAUCAAUUCUUCACAAAAAGUAAUCGACGCUCUACACAAAUUAAAUAAUGAACAUAUUACAGAGAUUGCUGUUGUCAAUGAUGAUGGUCAUUUAAUUGGUAGUUUUAGUUCUUCUGAUUUACGUAAAUUAUCAAUUUAUACAUUUAAUAGAUGUUUGGAACCAAUUUCAAUGUUUAUUAAAGUAUCAGAAGAUCCAUUAGCGAUUGAUGAAUCAAUUAUUAUUAAUCCAUCGUCUACACUACGAAGCACGAUUAGAAAGUUUGUAGAAUCUGAAUCACCAAUAUUAUGGAUCGUUGACAAUCAAAACAAACCAGUCUCUGCAGUCACACAAUUAUCUCUAUUGAAAUACUUUUUGAAUUUGUCAACAUCGAUGAAUGACUAA